CUCCAAAGUGUUAUGGCGGGAUCGAGAUGUGUGUGAGGUGUGACAGAAAGUUUAUGUGCAGCUCGUAGACCCACAAUUGGUAAUCUUUGGUAUAAAAUUGUAGACAGAGCUUUGCUGUCGAACAGUUGUUUGUGGUCAUUGUCGGAACGCAGUGGUAUUGACGUGCCGUUUAUGGAAUUAUAAUUGAGGUUGAUAAAUCAUGAAGGUUUUCAUCAUUAUAACUGUGCUAAUUUCCAUCGCGGUUGACGUCCAUAGUCAGGAAAAAACUGUUGCAAAACGCGGACUCUGGGAACUGGUAUCUUACGAUGAUGAUUAUAAUUCUGACUGGGAACGAUCCGACGACAGUCACCAUCACCAACUAGCGACAAAGGUGGGAAAGGUUGUGCCUGUGAUUAUCGAAAAGAAGGUUCCAGUAUACGUGGAGAAAAAGAUUCAUGUUCCAGUUGAUCGACUAGUUCCAGUUCCGUACAAAGUCCCAGUUGAGGUUCCUGUGAUACAGAAGGAGUACGUUGCAGUUCCAAAACCAUACCCAGUCUACGUGAAGAAGAAGGUUUAUGUCGAAAAACCAGUCCCAGUGACGGUUCAUAUCAAGCAUCGGAAGCAUUAGGCGUGACUGAGUGAAUGGAGUUGCGAGUGAUG